AAACGGCCAAGACUUUAGCUAAUAGAAUACUUGUCUUCUUUUCUCUCCCUCUCUUUUUAUAAAUACAUGCUGCAAGAUUUCUCACUUCACACCAACAUACAACAGAAGUGUCAGUUUAUCAUUACUGAACUCUUUCCUCUGUUUCUGCUUCUGCUACUGACUCCUUUUGGAAAACUCUUAACCAAAAUCUGUUUCGGCUUCCUCUGUUUUUGGGCACGAACAGAGUUGUUCUGUUUUCGAGGAUGGCCAUCAAGACAAUUGAGCUAUUGAAAGGGUGCGGAUCGCAGGAAGAGAUAAUGGAAGUGCUUGCUGCGGUGGCGUCGGAUAUGGGUGAUGCGAUCGAUGAUGUGAGCACCUUGCAGGUGAUUCCAUUGAAGGGUGCAAUGACCAAUGAGGUUUUCCAGGUAAAAUGGCCUUCUAAAAAUGGUGGUGAAGUCAGAAAGGUUCUGGUUCGUUUAUAUGGGGAAGGUGUUGAAGUUUUCUUCGACAGGGAAGAAGAAGUGAAAACCUUUGAGUGCAUGUCAAAGCAUGGUCAAGGACCUCGCCUUCUUGGCCGUUUCACUUCUGGUAGAGUUGAGGAGUUUAUUCAUGCCAGAACUCUCUCAGCUGCUGACCUGCGUGACCCUGAAGUAUCUGCUUUGGUGGCAUCUAAGAUGAGAGAGUUCCAUAAUCUUCACAUGCCUGGUGCAAAGAAGGCUCAAAUUUGGCACAGAUUGAGGAAUUGGCUUGGUCAAGCCAAGAGUCUCUGCUCUCCAAAGGAUGCCAAAAAUUUUGGCUUGGACAAUCUGGAUGAGGAAAUAAACAUCCUGGAGAAGAAGUUAUCUGAAGGAUAUCAAGAAAUUGGCUUUUGUCACAAUGAUCUACAGUAUGGUAACAUAAUGAUGGAGGAAGAGUCAAAAUUAAUCACUAUAAUUGACUAUGAAUAUGCAAGUUAUAAUCCUAUUGCUUAUGACAUAGCAAAUCAUUUCUGUGAAAUGGUGGCUGAUUACCACAGUGACACACCUCAUGUUCUUGACUUCAAGAAAUAUCCAGGACUAGAGGAACGUCAAAGAUUUAUCCGCAUCUAUCUGAGUUCUGAAGUUAUGUAUUUUGGCAAUUCCUUGUACACAGGCAAUAAACCAAGCAAUGCUAAAGUGAACCAGUUAGUGAAAGCAACUGAAAACUACACUGCAGCAAAUCAUAUAUUUUGGGGUUUGUGGGGACUCAUUUCGAUGUUAUGCAUGCACAUGCAGAGUUAUGUGAAUAAAAUAGACUUUGACUAUAAGGAGUAUGCAAGGCAGAGGUUUCAGCAAUACUGGUUAAGGAAGGCUAAUUUAUUGGACUCGCCAAGCAUCGUUUCCAAAGACCAAACUCUGAAUGAAUCUCUACCAUCUUUCACGUGAUUUUGCUUCAGUUCUCUUACUCAAGUUUAGUCUUAGUAUUAUACUAUAUAGAGUAUAGUAUAUAUAUAUAUAUAUAUAUAUAUAUAUAUAUAUAUAUAUAUAUAUAUAUAUAUAUAUAUAUAUAUAUAUAUAUAUAUGAAUAACACCUAAGAUAUGACAUGCAGCAUCUAUAUGUAAAUUUAUUUAAUCAGCAUGAAUGUGUAAUUUUGUAUGAAUCCGUCACUUUUAGAGUGAGUUGAGUGAUAUGCAGUCUAUGUAUUGUUUGCAAUAACGAUGGGAUAUGCAUAUACAGAAUAAUUCAUUUAUCAUAUGUAUACUUUGUGAAAAAUAAUUACAUAAGUAUUUUCUCUUCUAA